GCAUUUUCCCAGCCCGUCGCAACUUCGCCGCGCAUACAUUCAUUCUUCUCCGCUCACCAGCAAAUUCGUCCCCCCGCACACACUUGGUGGGAUCGGCGCUGCCUGCGCGGACCAGCAAAGGGCACAUUUGCAGCAUGACCCUGCGCAACGCGCAACCCACACGCAAGCUUCCUUACUUUUCCUCCUCCCACACAAAGCCAGCAUAGCCGACUAGCAACAUUCAGUCAACCAGUUUCGAUUUCCCCUGAGGCCAAGCCAGCUUCGACGGAUCAGGCCCUCGACUUCGUUGCGUGCUUGUCGUACAAGGCAUUCUGCCGCGACCGAUCUUUUCUUUAGAGCCCAUAGCAUCAGAAGAGCCUUCUCGUUUAGCUUAGUAUCUACGCGUUCCCUUCGCUCUCAUUUGUUGCUUUAGCGAUAGAAUUCGCUUUUCCAGAAGUAGCUCAAUCAUAGGCCAGGCAGUCACAGUUCCUGCUCGUUGAAUUUAAAGGCAUACUUAGAACUUCGACGGUGGUUAGUUUUCUUUAGGACUGGAGACGCGAUGACGGUACCUCUUCCCUCCACUCCCCCUCCUCCGCGCGACUUCCUCACCGAGUACUCCCUAGGUCGCCACUUAGGCAAGGGCGCGUUCGGCGAGGUUCUAGAAUGCACGCACAAGGCGUCGGGCCGCCAAUUCGCCUGCAAGCGCAUCGAUAAGCGAUUAAUCGCCUCCGAGUCCGACGCCGCGGAAGUCCGCAAAGAGGUCGCGAUCCUGCAGCAGCUCACCGCGCCGGGCUCGGCACGCCAUGGCGGAAUCGUGCAGCUCGUCGAGGCGCUCGAAGACGGCGCCGCGGUUUACCUCGUUAUGGAGCUGUGCGAGGGCGGGGACCUGUUUGAUUUGAUUAAAUCGGAACACGCGGCGGGGAUGCCGGAGGAGAUGGCGCGGGAGAUCUUCCGCCAGGUGGCGCUCGCGGUGGCGUACUGCCACGCGCGGGGCGUCUUGCACCGCGACAUCAAACCCGAGAAUAUCCUCUUCACUGCCCGCAACCCCCGUAACGAGCCUGGCGCUGAAUUCGCCGCCCUAGAGGCGCCGCAAGGAGCAAGCGCUACUAAUAGAGUCGAGUCGAACGAGUCCCCUUCGGAAGGUUCCGGAGAUAGCUCCGCGAAUGCGUGGCGCGCGCGCGUGCGCGUGGCGGACUUCGGGCUUGCGCUCUUCCUCCCGCACGGGCAGACGGGGCACGGCAUGGCGGGGAGCCGCUUCUACACCGCGCCGGAGAUGGUCCGCGGGCGGAGGUACGGCAAGCGCGCGGACGUGUGGAGCAUGGGGGUGGUCCUUUGCGCCAUGCUCACGGGGCGCGUGCCCUUCGCGGGGAAGGACCGCGCGGACGCGGAGGGCUUACGGCGGUCGAUUCUCCGCGGGGCGAUUAACUUCUCCGCGCCCGCGUGGGCGCCCGUGAGCGCGGGCGCGCGGGACCUGGUGCGGCGCAUGCUGGAGGUGGAUCCGCGCAGGCGGCUCAAGGCGGCGGAAGUGCUGCAGCACCCGUGGGUGCUCGGCCUCGACAUGCCGGAUCUCACGGCGGCAGAUGCGGAUGCGGCAGUGGCGGGCGCAGCGAGUGCAGCGGUAGCGACUAUGGAGGAUGCGGAAGAGAAGCAGUUGGGGGCGGGAGAGAGGCCAAGACAGCAGGGACCGCAGGGACAGCAGCAGGCGGAUUACCAGGCUCAGCACGGCCAGGUGAACGAUCAGGUGGUUCCAACCACCGUGCGCCAGCCCGCCUCUCCUGCAAUCGCGCCUCCCCUUGCUCCGCCAACUCCCCCCCGCGUCGCCUCCCCCAUCCGCCCUGCUGCCUCUCCCGUUCGCCCUGUCGCCCAACCGCCUCUUGGCUCCGCUAUAGAGCGAUUUAAUAAGGUCUGGCAGCAGCACGACCGCCCACAGCAGUUCCAAACGCGAUACCCGUUCGCCCCUGCGGCGCCAGCACCCAUCUGCACCGCUCCGACCACUCCCCUUCCUCCUUCCAGCGCCAAGCCGCCUCCCCUCCCCCCGCAACAAACUCCUAGCCUGCCCGUCUCAACAAAUCCCUUUUCGGGCUGCCCGUCCUUUACAUCUCCAUGCCCCUCACAGUCCAUCCCACACUCCUCCUCCUCCUCCUCCUCCUCCUCCUCUCGCUCCUCCCCUUCCCGCUCCUCCCCACCUCCUCUCUCCCCCUCUCUCUCCCAGUCCACUGGCACCUCUGCUUCCACCUUCAACCCCAUGGAUUCUGCUGCCAUGGGCGCGUCGGGCAAUGGAAGCACUGGCAUGAAUGGCACGGGUGGCAUGGGCGCUUCAGGCACUAGCAUGGACGGUAUGGGUGGCAUGGGUGCAGAUGCGUCCCUGUCUAUCCCCCUGGACCUCUGCCCGCCCCCCAUCGCGGUGUGCCGAAAGAAGAGCCGGCGGGAGGAGUAUGAGGAGGCUUCUUCUGCUGCCUUCUCCCCCUGGUUCUCCCCUCGGCCUCUCCCUCCCAUCGCCGCCCCGUUUUCACACGAGAAGCAGCAGCAGAAGCAUCAGUACAAUCAGCAGCAGCAGCAGCAGGAGGCAGGGCAUUGCCCCGUGGGAUUAUCCCUUUCAGGGGACGAGGCUAACAGCAGCAUGUGUGGAGCCUCCCCCGCUCUCUCGUUCCAAGCAGCUUCGCGCUGCUUCAUGGCCUUGAACCCAUGGGGCUCCCCCCGCGUUCACAAUCACGACACCCCUGACAACGCCACGACUCGUGCCAGCAGCGAUGCUUUUUAUUCUGGAAAUGGGGCGGCUGGCUUUCAUGGCUUUGGGGGAGCAGUUGAAAUUGAGGGUUUCACGAAAGGCCCGUUGCAGUCAUUAACUAAUGAGAACCAGGCACCUGUUUAUGCGCCUAAGGAGACUAGGCGCACUUGUGGCUUGGCUGGGUUUUGUUCUUAGGACUUGCAGUAGUAGCAUGGCAUGUAUUCCUGGUUUCAUGAGUGAAACUGAGACUAGUCAAAUGUCGUUGCUUUCGAGCCCACAUAAGUAGACUCCG